UAAAAAUCUAUUUGUAAAAAAGUUCAAAAGUGGGUUAAUAACUAACAACUAAAAAUCGUUCGGUUUAUUUACCAAAAUUAAAAAGGUAUAAGCAAUAAAUGUUAAAAAAAAACAAAUUUGGUAAUAUUAAAAAUCAAAAAUAAUAAUUACGGACUGUGGCUAAAUGGAUACGCGUCGGGAAAUCCAUUAAGAAAAGAUUUGUUAAAUUAUUAAUUCCAAAUACAUCAAUUAGUGAGUGAAGUGGUUCCGAGACCAGUGUGCAUCAUACAUUUACCGCAUACCAGUUAAAACAACCUGCAAAUAGUGCGUGAACCUAAUUACAAGAAAACCGAUAUGAAUAACAAAUUGAGCAUACAAGCGACAAAUAUAUCAAUUUAUUGACAAGAGUGGCAAUACCAUAUUUUUAUAAGUCAAUUCAUAAGCAAAAGAACCAAAAACCCUUAUCUAAUUGCCUCUAAAAAGAAGGAAAGUUAAUUAGUUUUCAUAGUAAAAUCUCUGUGUUUAACCAAAAAAGUUAGAAAAGUGGAAUUGAGUAUAAACUUAAAUUGAUGCCGAAAUAAAUAGUCUGCAAAAAUACUUGAAAACCCCAUUUGUAUCGACAAACUUGAUUGUAGCCAUAGUGGGCAUAUUGGAACUUCACAUAGCAGAAAACAAUAGGUCAUCAUAAAGAUGUCCGCAACGAGGACAUGGAUGAAGUGCUAUGGCUGCCUGCUCAUAUUUGUGCACCUAGCAGUUACAAUUGUAAUCGCCUGUAGAGUUUCAGAAUAUCCGUGCAAGGGAAGCACGAGCAUUUGUAUACCCUUGGAUAAAUACUGCGAUGGCAAAGCUGACUGUGAGGAUGGCAGCGACGAGCCUCGACAUUGUACUGUUUGUAACCGUACCUAUUAUGGUGACAUUGGGCGGACAUACUCCAUUAAGGUGCCAACGCCACAGUGGAAUAAACUCCCAUUUUUAUGUCAUUUAACAUUCACAGCAUCAGGACAUGAUCAAGGUGACAUUGUGCAGAUAAUAUUUGACAGUUUCACAGUUGGUCGCUUUGAUGAGGGUAUGGUCGAUACGGAUGUCGAUGGCUAUGAGACUAGCCUUAGUCCCACAGGGGAAUUGCCCGGCUGUCCUGAAGGUUUUAUGCAGCUGAGCGAAUUGGGACGACCAUUCACUGGUGGCUCAUGGUGUGGGAAAGCCACAGGACCGCAGUUAUAUUUCAGCGAAACAUCAACAGUGACAGCUUCGGUUAAGGUUUUCCAUCCACCUCGGAAUAUCCAGGAAGAAAAGCCUUUUGAAUUUAGCAUAAGAUAUAAAUUUAUAAGUCAAUCGGAUGCUGUUGUCAGAUACGGCUUGCCCGAUAAGCCUUUGGAGUUGGGACGAGUCACGCCUGGCACAUAUUGUACACGUCAGUUCGAUGAAUGCUAUCGCAAUAAAUGCCGUUUGCAAAGUCCCAAUUAUCCCGGCAUGUAUCCGAGAAAUGUCACGUGCUACUGGACCAUACGGCAAAAAGAAGUUCCUACCAGCAAACAUGCCAUGAUUGCUGUUAGCCAAGAAAAUCAACAUAAAGCUUUAGUUAAAAGUGGACCCGAGAUGUUGGUUGCUUUCCAUUCCAGUCCGUUCUCAGCGCCACUCCAACAAGGCAUUCCCAAUCGAGGUUUUGAACUCGAUGUAGACAUUUUAUUCACCGACUCCGAUUCCUAUGACUUUGCUCAAGGUUCAAAAAAUAUUUGCGAAUUUCACAUAAACGCCACCAAUCCAGAUGACGUUUUAUUCUCAAGGCGCGGUAGAAUGGGACGCAUUGUCAGCCCGCGUCAUACACUUCCACCGAAUACAACGUGCACAUACCACUUUCAUGGUUAUCCUGGCGACCUAAUUUGGUUAUCAUUCACGAGCUACAAUCUACAAAUGCUGCAGCAAGCCAUACACGAUAACAAUACUUUGGGUCGGACUGAUUUACCACCCUUUAUAACCCGUUUGCGUAUGUGGGACAGUUAUGGCACAUAUGUUCCAAUAAAGCAAACAAGUGUUACAACAGGCCAACCACCUCCUCCGCCACCCGUUGCCUCGUCAGCAGAUGGAGGCAAACCCACACUACUCGAUCCGACUAGUUAUGGAAAUAACUAUUACUACAGUCCGCAGAAUCCCAAACUGGGCAAGAAUUUACGUGUCAACAUUGAUAAUGCCUGGAAUCCGGUGGAUACCUACAUAUAUGGACCCACCCAGUCGAGUAUCUUCAACCAAGAGAAUAAAUACAGUGGCUAUCAGCAACAAGGUGGAGCCGGUAGUGGCGGCUCCAAACAAGCUGUUGGCGGCAAUGGCAUUUCAUCUGUCAAAGAGAGCCUAAAUUAUAUUUCCAGCAAGACCAGCAAAGAUUCCGCCCACGGUAGUGGACCGGUUGGCGGAGGUAGUGGUAGUCUCAGUGUUGGCAAUGCGCUGGCCCUGAUGAGCACCAAGGGAAAACGUCGCUUAAUGCUGGAAAUUUAUGAUUAUGAGACACCUAAACUAUGCGAUCAUACAGCAAUUAGCAGCACAGGCAACACAUUGGGUCUUAAUCGUUUACGACCUUGCAGUCCUUUAGAAAGUUAUGUCAGUACCGGACGAGAUUUGAAACUGGAAUUUCAUACCCAUACGGGAACAGCUCUAUUCCCUGCACAAUUCUCUCUAAACUAUGAAUUUGUGGACACCGAGCAAGGUGGUGAACCCUGGCCAGGAAGAAGAGGUGAGGAGCCCGUACCAACUUUGUGUUCAAGAGUUUUCCGCAAGCGCAAGGGAAACAUACAAGUGCCACGCAAUGUGUUCCUAUAUGGUCGAGGAGGAGCCAAAAAUCUUACUUGUCUCUAUCGUUUCGAAGCAGGUCCUUCUGAAAGAGUUCGCCUAGUACUGCACAAUGUAUCAUUUGGAGAAGGCACUACAUGCACGACAGAUAAUGAUUUGCAUACCGGAAGGCCGAAAUGUAAUCAAUUGGAUCCCGAUGGCCGUAUUACCGAAUUGAAGUUAUAUGACGUUCCUUUCCGUGAUGUAAAGAUACAAAUGGGUUGUUUCUGUGAUAACUCGUCGGCUUUGUACAACAAUGCUCCACUGACUUUUGUCUCGAAUUCGCGUAUUAUGGAGUUGACUUUUACGGUGACAAAAUUAAACAUUUCCGAAGAUUUUGCCGAUGUGAAUUUCUUUGCCUCAUACGAAUUUAAGCGGGUCAGCGAUUGCCGUAAACGUUUAAAACUUAAAGGGGCUGGGGGCGAAGACGAAAUCAAAUAUCCCAUGAAGUCACAAGAUUCUAGCUGUGAAGGCUUAUCAUGGUAUAUAGAAGCCCACACUUCUGACAAGUCGUUAUUUGUGCAAACAUGGGGCUCUUAUUUACCCGUCGAUCCUACCUCCGAGGAUGCCAUGAGAUGUCACACAAAAAAUCGUCUCAUGAUUUACUCUGGCCGUCCUUUAAAACCCAUGCGCGUAGUGUGCCCCGCGCAAAGUGGUCCAAGGCCUACUUCACUGCAUAUAUUCUCAGAGGAUUGGACGAAUGGACAGCCGUUAUUUACCAACAAGCCGGUCAGCUUGGUGCUGGAGCCCAUAUUGAAGGAACCCGGAGAUAUUGCCUUCACUUGGCUGGAGAUCUAUCGCACGAAAAAUGCAUUAUUACAACAAUUUGAUUUGCAAAGCAAUGCAACAACGACCAGCACAGUGGGUGGGGCUGGUGCCGGUACUGGAGUAUCAGGCAGCGCUGCGUCUGGUCCGGGUGUCGGUGUGAUAACCACAACAGGCACCAGUGGCAACGAUACGCUAAGUGAUUUUGGAUUCUAUCCAAAAGAGUCAGACUGUGAAUAUAAAUGUCCUGAAAUUGAUGCAUGUAUAUCAGCCACAUUGUGGUGUGAUGGACAUCACAAUUGUCCCUCAGGAUUCGAUGAAUCAGAAGAGGAGUGCGGUACCGCUCGCAAACUACUCGAACUGCCAGGUGGGGUCUUUGCCGCCCUGGGCUGUAUAGCGGCGGCCAUCACUGCUUGCCUGAUAUUCUGCAUAUUUGGCUUGCUCAGAAAACGUAAGAAAACUGUAUUACAAAAAUCAAUUAUUAAUGGUGGUACUUUGAAAAAGGAUUUCAAAAAAGAUUCGCUCUUUAUUGAUCCGUCUUCCUGACACGGGCUGCAGCCGGUCGAGUACAUACACGUCGACCGGGAGACCACAGUGUGAUGUGAUGCUCGCCAGGCCAGCAUGGAAGGACGAAUAAUUGUUUUAUUAGUAAUAAUAGGUACUAUCUAAAGAAAAACCAAAGGACAAGAACAAUUAAUUUCAACAUACGGACAAACUGAAAAAGCAUAAUGAACAGAGUUCUCGAGGAAAUUGCAUUGAAGAACUAAUAAAAUUAUAACAACAAAAUGGAAAAAGACGAAAACUCCCAAAACUUGUAUACUAAAGACAGAAAUUAAGAGAACUGUAACAGCAACAAUUACGGUAUUACAAAAGAGGGAAGGAAACAAAUUGAGUAAAAUAAAAACUAAAUCCAAACAAAAAAAAAAAAACAAAUGAAACAUUUUUCUAAAUGCUUGACUCAAAAAAAAAAAAAAACAAUUAAUAGUAAAACAAAAACUCUUUAUAGCGUAAAACAAUUAUACUUUAAAGAAAAUCCCCAGUAAUGAGAAGAAACAUACAUUGUACUUAUAAUUACUUAUUAUUACUACGAUUAUUAUUAUUAUUAACUUAACAAGAGCAAGGAGGAAUACUUUACAACAAUGUUGAAUUUUAAUUUUUUUUUUCAAACGGUAUAAAAAAACGCCAGGACUUGGCGUCAAGGAUAUUUUUUCUUUCGGGCCCCAAGUCCCAAAUAUUAAGAAAGUAAAGAAAUGAUAAAUAAGAGAUUAAAUCAAUACAACACUGCCUUAAAACAAAAUGAAACUAAAAAAUUUACUUUUUUUAUUUAUUAUUAAUAUUCAUUUGUAUAUUCAAAACGAAUGAAGAUGAUUUCGACUUUAAACAUAUACAUAGAAAAGAUCUAAAUUUAAGAUAUAUAUAUAUCCAUGUCCCUUAUAUAAAGGAUUGUCAUCUGAAAUGAAGUGAUCUGAGCCAAAUAUGGGAACAAACCUAUUGUUAGUAUUUAAUUAGAUUGAAUAACCAAAUGUAACACUUCCUAAGAUCGUUAUGGCCAGAAAUCAUCUGUCGCAGCAAAUAGUGCUCUUACGUUGUUGCACUAUCAUUCUAUUUAGAAACUUUGUGAGAAACGUUUCUCUAAAGAAAAGUGUUGCUCUAUUAAAGUUUGGACCAAAGACUAAUAAUUUAAAAUGUUAUUGCACCAAUUUGAAUACUAUGGACAUACACCUUAGCCAGCAAUCGGACUGAUGUGUCCUCUAAAUACCGAAGAAAUCUAAGUCUGGAAUUCGGGGCAACUCGCAAAUCCCUAAUCGUUCUCAGCUCUAUGCCCCUCAGUUGGCCGGAGUUAAGAAUUGUUCUAAUGUCUCAUCAU